CCGCUGAUUUCACCACUAGAGGGCGACAGACGUUUAGGUACCCUAAAUAAGGGAAAAGAAAACUUGUAUUGUGAAUAACGAACUUGCUUUUUGUUUUUAAAUAAUAUAACGUAAAUUUUGCAAGUGUAGCACUGCCGUUGGCGUAUCUAUUUUGAUCGACAACAUGCAAGCCAGCCGUCAGUGUGCAGUGUGCGCCAGCCGCGCCACCGGAGCGCUGCUGCACAGCCGGAACGACGUUUUACUGCUGCGGACCAACAUGGCCGCGCUCAGGAGGGGGGCAGCCUGCCUCAGCUUCCUAAGGAGUUCUGCAAGUGUCCUCAUCAACAACAGGAAGCCUACAGUCCAGAGGUUGGAGAAAUUUACAGAUGUUGUGCACACCAGUGUAGCGUCUCUAAGCGUGGGCUUCAGCCUGUGUGCUGUCCCUUUCACACAGAAAGCGGAAAACCUCUCUCAUGACUCCCUCAUCAAAAGAGCAGCCUCUCUGGUUACAGACAGCUCAAGCACUUUCCUCUCUCAGACCUCCUUGGCCCUCAUAGAUGCCCUUACAGAGUAUUCAAAAGCUGUGCACGCACUCAUUGCUCUUCAGAGGCGGUACCUGGCCUCACUGGGAAAACUGACCCCGGCAGAGGAGGAUUCAAUCUGGCAAGUGAUCAUUGGCCAGCGGACAGAGGUUAGUGACAGACUAGAUGAAUGCAAGCGCUUCGAGUCGACGUGGGUGAACGCUGUCAACUUGUGUGAAUUGGCGGCUGAAGCAGCGUACACUUCAGGAGCUGAGCAGGCAUCCAUCACCAUGAGGACAAACAUUCAGGUGGCCCAGUCCCAGGUGGAGGAGGCACGCAAGCUGUUAGUGGAUGCAGAUAAGAAGUUGGCUGAAACCAAAGUUGAGGAGAUCCAAAGGAUGGCCGAAUAUGCUGCCUUCCUGGAGAACGAUGGUGAGGAGCACGAGGUGCAUGAGGCGUACCUACGAGAGGACUAAAAGUAACAUCCAGCAAAUUGUUGUCAGAAUAACCACAUUCAGUGGCUUUAAGUUCUCAACAACUCACCCCUAUCUCUGUGUUCCUCCCCCAUUUUGAGUCUGUAACAUAUUUACGUUGGUUAUUUGCCAUAUCUUCCUCUUAUUAGAUUGUGUGAUCAGUGCUCUUGAAGUUGAGUGUAAUUGGUUGUCUAUUUUUGAUAUGAGGAGAAUGCUGGAUAUGCUGUAUAAUGCACCUGUACACAAACACACGUAGCAUCACUUGGAAACAACUACAUGAAAGUGAAUCGAGCACAUUUGCAAACAAACUUGUUUGUUAUUCCUCACUUUCAGAUAUAAAUUUGAUUAUUUAAAACUAUUUAUUUGAUUAAUGAAUGGUAACUGGUUCCUGAGUCUGGAAGAUGAUCUUGAAUCUCCAAUGUUUAUUGUAUGGCAGAGGGCUUGGUCAGAGCAGAUUACAAUUUAGUUUUGUGUUUUUUGUUAUAUUUUGUCAUGUUUGAUUGUAAUAAAGACAUUUUUUCAUAAAAGUA